GGCGGUGGCAACCGCUGGCGCAUGCCCUAUUCUGCUGCAGCGCAGCUCUGUUUGGGACCCAGGCCGUGGUCCAUCAGGCCCAUGGGGUCAAUGUUCCAAAGAAUGGACAGCCGACGGCCCACGGCGCAUUCCCACCUAAGGGUGUGUGCAUUGGAUCCAUCCAUGGAUUGGGGUACCUCACCUUGGGUAUUCCGUACAGCGUACUGUACGGUACCACGCCGCCCCUCCCUAGGAACGUCCCCUUGGCCCACGACUUGACUCACGAACCCACGGCCCACGGUCAUCAUCUCCUUGCCGCCUCCGGCAUCGUGUCGCUCUUUCCCUUCCCUCACCAUCCCUUCCUUGUACAUUACUGUCUACUAGUAAUAUUACGGUCUCUGCGCCCCUGGGCAUGCCACUACCUGUUUGUUUCCUCUCGCUCCUUCCGCCUUUUUCUGACCUUUUUGUCUGUUUCUCUGGUCGACCUAUACAUCGUGUCGAACCUUCCUCCAGGCUUUUUUUUCUCCCUCUCCCUCUCUCUCCUCUAUCUCUCUCUCGGGACCUGGUGUCUGUAGUUCCAGCUGUGCGUCACGUUGCAACUGAGCGCCCCCUUUGGAGCCCGUCGCCGUCGCUUUUUCGCCUCGUCUUGCCUCGCCGCCUCCCGAGCUCGACGACCAGCCAGCCAGCUAGCCGUACUGUACCAAAAACCUGCCGGUACCUUUCCACAUCCUGGGCCCUUCCGGUCUUCUCUGUCUCGCCAGCCCAACCUCAUGCCAUUGGGUCCCAGCUCGAGACGUCUUAUUUGUGCUUUCUGAGGGCAGACUGUUUUACUUUUCUCGCCCCAUCUCAGGCUCAGGCUGCUGCUUCUGCUGCUUGCUUGCUGCUUUCCUCAAGCUAAAGCCAACGGCAAAUCAACGCGGACGGACCGAACCGACUGUCUCUCCCUCAG